CUAGCUUUUCGUUCCUCUGCAGUACUUACAUCACUAUACUUCAACUUUUCUGACUGGUGCAGCUAAUCGCGCUACAGCUAGAUAUUACUUCUGAGGUCUCUUCCAUAAGCUCUAUAGAUAGCAAUGGCCAGCUCUAGUUGUUUCCGAAACCAGCAGGGCUAUGAAGAAGAAAAGAACCAAAAGAUGACAGAAACCUGUACGACGGAUGGAGCCGUUGAUUGGAAUGGGCGCCCUGCAAUCCGAGGGAGAACUGGUUCUUGGGUUGCUGGAAUUCUCAUCUUAGUGAAUCAAGGAUUGGCAACAUUGGCAUUCUUUGGAGUUGGAGUGAACUUGGUAUUAUUCUUGACAAGGGUAUUGGGGCAGGACAACGCUGAGGCUGCAAAUAAUGUCAGCAAAUGGACUGGAACCGUUUACAUCUUCUCUCUUCUUGGAGCUUUCCUUAGUGAUUCAUACUGGGGGAGAUACAAAACUUGCGCUAUCUUUCAAGUUAUUUUUGUCAUUGGUUUGACAUUAUUGUCACUAACAACCUAUAUAUUCCUACUCGAGCCUAAGGGUUGCGGUGAUGAGAAGUCUCCAUGUGGAAACCAUUCAAAUUUAGAAUUUGCGUUGUUUUAUAUCUCCAUUUAUUUCAUUGCACUGGGCAAUGGAGGCUACCAGCCUACCAUAGCUACAUUCGGCGCGGACCAAUUUGAUGAGGACGACCCCAAAGAAGGUCACUCGAAGAUUUCCUUCUUCAGCUACUUCUACUUGGCUUUGAAUCUCGGCUCCCUCUUUUCAAACACAAUAUUAGGGUAUUUUGAGGACAAAGGAAUAUGGACUGUAGGGUUUUGGGCAUCUACAGGUUCUGCUGCCAUGGCAUUGAUUUUAUUUCUUUGUGGAACUCCGAGGUAUAGGCAUUUUAAGCCUCAAGGCAAUCCUCUUUCUAGGUUUUGUCACGUACUGGUUGCUGCAACAAGAAAAUGGAAGGUCAAGAUCACCUCAGAUGGAGAAAAUUUGUAUGAAGAACAUGGAAAACAAUGCCUUGAAAAUCAGACAAGGAAAAUACUUCACACCCAAGGAUUCAAGUUCUUGGAUAGAGCAGCACUCGUUACAUCAGAGGAAUCGAACCAAAUUGACAGAUGUGCCCAAAAUCCAUGGCGGCUUUGCACAGUAACACAAGUAGAAGAAGUUAAAUGCGUACUGAGAUUACUUCCAAUUUGGUUAUGUACAAUACUUUACUCAGUAGUUUUCACACAAAUGGCCUCCCUCUUUGUUGAACAAGGUGCCGUAAUGAAAACCACCAUCUCCAACUUCCACAUUCCCCCAGCCAGCAUGUCAAGUUUCGAUAUUCUCAGCGUCGCACUGUUCAUCUUCAUUUACCGGAGAGUUCUUGACCCCCUGGUAGCUAAGCUACGCAAAAAGGGACUCACUGUGCUUCAAAGAAUGGGGAUUGGGCUUGUUAUUGCCAUCAUGUCAAUGAUCUCAGCAGGAGUAGUGGAGUGUUUUAGGUUAAAAUAUGCAAGAACAGAUUGUGCCACUACCGAUUGCGAGAGUCCGAGUUCAUUGAGCAUAUUUUGGCAAGUUCCUCAAUACAUGCUCGUCGGAGCUUCCGAAGUGUUCAUGUAUGUGGGUCAGCUAGAAUUCUUUAAUAGUCAAGCACCUGAUGGGUUGAAGAGCUUUGGUAGUGCACUUUGUAUGACUUCAAUAUCACUUGGGAACUAUGUGAGUAGUUUGCUGGUCACGAUUGUUAUGAGAUUUUCUAGUAGGGAUGAUAUGAGUGGCUGGAUCCCUGGAAACCUUAACAGAGGUCAUUUGGAUAGGUUUUACUUUCUAUUAGCAGCUUUGACUACAGCUGAUCUCAUGGUCUAUAUAGUUUGUGCUAAGUGGUACAAGUAUAUCAAAUUUGAAGUAAAGGGAAGAGAUGAUCAAGCAGAAUAUAUUAGGCAAGCUGAACUUGGAGUCUAAUCAUUUUGAAAAUAAGAUCGCGAAAAAUGUUCUGAGAAUAAUUGGUUGGACCAUUUCUGUCGGUAGAACGAGCAUCGCUUGCGGUGAAACUAGAGAAAUGUCUUUUCCAUUAAUCCAAGCUGAG